AUGACCAUGACCACCAUGCCAGAAAGUCUCAACAGCCCCGUGUCGGGCAAGGCGGUGUUCAUGGAGUUUGGGCCGCCCAACCAGCAAAUGUCUCCUUCUCCCAUGUCCCACGGGCACUACUCCAUGCACUGUUUACACUCGGCGGGCCAUUCGCAGCCCGACGGCGCUUACAGCUCGGCCUCGUCCUUCUCCCGACCGCUGGGCUACCCCUACGUCAACUCGGUCAGCAGCCACGCGUCCAGCCCCUACAUCAGUUCGGUGCAGUCCUACCCGGGCAGCGCCAGCCUCACCCAGAGCCGCCUGGAGGACCCAGGGGCUGACUCGGAGAAGAGCACGGUGGUGGAAGGCGGUGAAGUGCGCUUCAAUGGCAAGGGGAAAAAGAUUCGCAAACCCAGGACGAUUUAUUCCAGUUUGCAGUUGCAGGCUUUGAACCGGAGGUUCCAGCAAACUCAGUACCUAGCUCUGCCCGAGAGGGCGGAGCUCGCGGCCUCUUUGGGACUCACGCAGACGCAGGUCAAGAUCUGGUUCCAGAACAAGCGCUCCAAGUUCAAGAAGCUGAUGAAGCAGGGCGGGGCGGCUCUGGAGGGUAGUGCGCUGGCCAACGGCCGGGCGCUGUCUGCCGGUUCCCCGCCGGUGCCGCCCGGCUGGAACCCCAACUCCUCUUCGGGCAAGGGCUCGGGCGGCAGCGCGGGCUCCUACAUCCCCAGUUACACGUCGUGGUACCCCUCGGCGCACCAAGAAGCUCUGCAGCAACCCCAACUCAUGUGA